AUGGCGGAGGCAGCAGCAACAGAAAGUGCAUAUAGGGCGGACGACCAUACUAAGAACCCUACAAUACAACACACGACGAGAAAUGAAGCAACGCCCGUCAGUGUUCUUGAGGAUGGAUCGUUGGACCCUGUAUACGAGGCCAAAGCAAAAGUGCUGAACAAAGCCGUCCAGGAUAUAGGUAUGGGACGGUACCAAUGGCAGCUUUUUAUCGUCAUUGGAUUCGGAUGGGCAAUGGAUAACCUAUGGCCUAUUGUGACAUCGCUCAUUUUCACUCCUGUUAGCAACGAGUUCAGACCUAAUCGACCACCUUUUCUGACAUUGUCCCAAAAUAUCGGUCUCUUGUUCGGCGCAGUUUUCUGGGGUUUCGGCUGCGACAUCUUUGGUAGACGAUGGGCUUUCAACCUCACCAUUGGUAUCACUGCGGUUUUUGGUAUGGUGGCGGCUGGCAGUCCGAAUUUUGCUGCUAUUGGCACAUUUGCUGCGCUCUGGUCUGUUGGUGUGGGUGGUAAUCUCCCUGUCGACUCUGCCAUUUUCUUGGAAUUUCUACCCGGAUCACAUCAGUACUUGCUUACGAUACUCUCGAUAUACUGGUCGCUAGCACAGGUUUUUGCUACGCUUGUGGCAUGGCCGUUGCUCGGCAACUUGACGUGUCAGCAGACCGAGGAUACAUGUACAAAAGGAGAAAACAUGGGUUGGCGGUAUUUUGUGCUCGUCAUGGGCGGUACAGCGUUGAUCAUGUUCGCCAUACGUUUCGUCUUCUUUACCAUUUUCGAGUCUCCAAAAUACCUCAUGGGCAAAGGCGAAGACGAAAAAGCCGUCGAAGUUGUUCAUGAAGUCGCCCGCCGCAACGGCAAAACAUCCCCAUUGACAGUUCAGGAUUUGGAAGACUGUAACCUCGUCGCACAGUCGGGUAGUUCUCAGCAACACAUCACCGCGGCUGCCGUAAUCAAAAGAAAUCUCCAGAAGCUUGACAGUUCACAUGUCAAAGCCCUCUUUGCCACAAAAAGGCUCGCCUUCUCCACCAGCAUCAUCACCAUAGUCUGGGCGUUUAUUGGACUCGGAUAUCCUCUUUACAAUGCCUUCCUGCCCUAUAUCCAAGCAACUCGAGGCGUGGAUUUUGGCGACGGCUCAACAUACAUCACCUACCGUAAUAGUCUGAUAAUCGCUGUUCUGGGCGUCCCAGGCUGUAUCCUCGGCGGCGUCUUGGUUGAGACACCCUUGAUUGGCCGCAAAGGUACUUUGGCUGCAUCCACAGUGCUCACAGGCGUCUUCUUACUCUGCUCAACUACUGCUCUCACCUCGGAUAGCCUCCUCGGCUGGAACUGCGCCUACAAUUUUAUGAGUAACAUUAUGUAUGCCGUCUUGUACGCUUAUACUCCAGAGAUCUUCCCGACAAAAGAUCGGGGCACGGGUAAUGCUAUCACUGCGAGUGCGAAUCGGAUUUUUGGAAUCAUGGCUCCUAUUGUGGCCAUGUUUGCGGAUCUGGAAACGAGUAUACCGGUAUAUGUGUCUGGGGCGCUUUUCAUUGCCGCUGGGCUGCUAGUCCUUGUCUUACCGUUUGAGAGUCGUGGAAAAGCUAGUAUGUAG